UUGAAAUCUGAGAUAUCCAAGAAAGCAUCCGGCUAAACGAAGGGUGUGGGACGCGACGCUGCUGCUUCACCUUAUCCAACACUGUAAGACUCCAUCCCAACCCCUAAACCCUCUCAUCUAUGGUGACAAAGGUUGUACACAAACCCAGAAAUUAACCACCUUAAUGUUCGCAACCCACCUUUUCCAAACAACAUUUCCCACCACAGUCACUCUCCGAUAAUGGAACUUUCUUCUUCUUUUUUACUCUCCCCAAAACCAUGCAAUUACUCUUUCUCCUCCUCCCUCUCUCCAUUCCCGAUUCACCUUUUCAUCAGAAACUCCAAAUCCCGAAACUCCCCUUUCCGAAUUCUGGCGGUGGCCGUAGAGCCACAACAGGGCUCCCCCGAGAGCAGUCCCCAGCGACUUCUCAAGGAGCUCGCGGCACGAAAGAAAGCAACUUCCACAAAGAAGGGACCCCCAAGAAGGUUCAUUCUAAGGCCUCCAAUAGACGAUAACAAAUUAGCUGAAAGGUUUCUCAACAGCCCGCAACUCUCUCUCAAGUCGUUCCCUUUGUUGAGUUCGUGCUUGCCCUCGUCGCGGCUCAACAAUGCAGAUAGGUUGUGGAUUGACGAGUACUUGCUCGAAGCGAAGCAGGCUCUGGGGUACACUCUCGAGCCCUCGGAAACGCUCGGGGACGAUAACCCCGCGAAACAGUUCGACACGUUGCUGUACUUGGCGUUUCAGCACCCUUCAUGUGAGAGAACGAAGGCGCGGCACGUGCGGUCGGGGCAUUCGAGGUUGUCUUUUCUGGGACAGUACGUGCUUGAGUUGGCGCUGGCUGAGUUUUUCUUGCAGAGGUAUCCGAGGGAGUCGCCGGGUCCAAUGAGGGAGAGAGUGUUUGGGUUGAUAGGGAAGAGAAACUUGGAUCAGUGGAUUAAAGCCGCUAGCUUGCAGAAUUUGAUAUUUACGUAUGAUGACAUGGAUAAGAUAAGGAAGAGGGAAAGGGACGGUCCUGUGAAGUAAGUCAUAACUGUUAGUCUCUUGUGAUAUGGUUUUGACUCACUGGAUAACCUGGUUCUCAUUAAGUUCGGGUUUUCUUUCAAAUUAUGGUAGUGCAAUGGUGCUAGUAAUAGUAAAUACUGAAGAGUUUAAAUCUGUAUGCACCUCCAAUUUUAAUCUGUUAAGAUAGGUAUUAGACACUGUGGCUUGUAUGAUCUGUUAAGAUAGUUAUUAAGUCAACGAACUUAGUAUAACAUGAU